AUGGCUCAGACGGCCUUGGCACCAAGCAAUACUACAACUGGGCACCUCCAGCAAUCUCAAUCUGAUCCCUUCCCAGCGAGGCAACCAUCCGCGAUAAUACUACGACCGCGUCCGCCAUGUGCUCAGACUCACCAUUCUGCAUACGAACAACAGCAGCAGCAAUCGCCGCACUUCAUGACAUGCACCAACCCCCACGACUCGGGUUAUGACAUACCAUCACAACAUCAGCAUCAGUCUGGGCCUCACAAAUCGAGCUCGGUCUCCAGUGGUGGGAGCAGCUCCUUGAUGAGUCCUAUGUCCUCGAUCGAUCUUGAGAAGAAGGAGUCCUCACGGCAUUCAUAUCCCCGAGACCCAGAGAAGGUCAUGUACAAGGUGCGGAGGGAUUCACCACAGCAACCACAACACCACUCGCAGAGAUCGAUCGAGCUGAGAGGACACAAUGGAAGCAUCACGUAUUCGGAACCAGAGGAGGAUGAGCAUGAUGCUGCGCGGCGAGUGCAGGAGCAGAAGGCGGUGAAAGUCUUGCUGUUCCUGUCUGGACCGUGUGUUGUUUUAUCUGCUUUGAAUGCUAUCUGGACUUUAAUAUCAGUCGUCAUCACCUCACUCACGCAACCCGUCCGAUUAUGCGCCAAACGACCGACGUUCGGCCAACAACUGUCUGGUCUGCUCGGACCGGCACUGAGUUUACAACUGAAGUGUAUCUACACUCCACUGCCGCCACAUGCAAACGACGACCGAUCAUAUCAUCCCUGGACACUGCUAAUGGUCCACAUGACUUCGCCCUUCCUCAGCCUAGGCACGAUGUUUAUGGCGUGGGUACUGGCCGUAUACUGGGUGUCGUCUGCUGUCGUCGGUGAUCCUGCCGGGAUGGAUAAGCGUGACGAUGGAAGGGAGACCGUACUGGGGUUGCGAGGUUGGUGGGAACGGUAUCUAAUGCGAUGUGUCCUGGAUGAAUGA